AUGAUGAAAGUAUUCAGCAAAAGAAGCCUAGAAUACCAGCAAGAAUUGUACGCGUGCUUUGUGGAUUAUAAAAAGCUUCUGACCAGCGGGUCGGAGACCGAGUGGCCCGGGGGGGCGGCGGCGGCGGCGGCGGCGGCGGCGGCGGCGGCGGGGGGGGACGGGACACACACAAGCAGACCUUUUGCUCGGGGGCGGUGCUUCGUAGAAGGGUCUCGAUGGAGCACCGUGCGGACCGGCUGCUGGAAAACCGCGACCUUGGCCAUCGAGAACCCCGAGCGCGUCCCGGUCCUGGUGGCGAUCGACAAGUUUCCCACCUGCAAGGGAUUUGCAGUCAGCGAGCGGGAGUUUGUGGUGGAGCCAGCAGAAAAGUAUUAUCUUUCCAUAACUUGGACACCAGUAGAUGCUGGAGGGGUCCGAGAAACAGUGACAUUUAAUGUUGGCUGCGUGAAAAUUCACUGCAUUCUUCUGGGCAAGGCAGAGGACCCACCCAAAAAGAAGCGAAGCUUGUGGGAAUCGAUUAAAAGGAAGAAAACCUCAGAAGGUGCUGCUCCUUUGAAACCAAAAAAGAGUGCAUCAAUUGCCAGUAAAACAAUCAUCAUAUCACAGAAGGUGGAUAUUAUGAAAACGGGGGAACCUCGAAGUCCUCUUCAGUCAUGUGAAAACCUCAGUCCAGUCGGGGAUAGAGCUCCCCCUCUUCACCACUUCUCAGAGUAUGAUGGUCACGAGAUAUUGCAGUUAUCUCCUAUAUUAUCCCCAGGUCAAAAAAAGCAAGAACUUGAAAAUUGUACUCAACAUUCGCUUAAAUCUUAUACUACUUACUCUGUCCUUCAAAGUAACAGAGUAUCAGUGCAAAUUGAGAGGGUGCUGGAUUGUGACAAAAAGCAUGAUGAACUGUGUAUAGCUGAGACUUUCAUGGACACUGGAGUGACCUUGGGAUGUCAACCAGUGAAGGAGUUUUCUAUCAAAACACCAACAAAUUUUUCUUGUAUAUCUGCUCCUCCUACUCCUGUUAAUGGACGUCGGAUCUUAAGCCCUGAUUCUUUUGUAAAUGAUAGUUAUACUGUUGAUAGAGAUUCUGAACCAGUUGUUGAGUCAUCAGUGCUGUCACCAGAUCAGUUUCUGAAAGAUGCAUGGGAAACUAUGAACCAGCCUUUGUCACGCAUAAGUCAUGUACAAGCUGCUGAGACCGUUCCGGAUGAAAUUGCAUUGCAAUCUGGAAAUUCUUCAAAACAGGAAAGGAGCAAUGAACAGCUGGACUUUGUGGCAACGCUCAGGUCACCUGGGCCAGCGCAGGGCACUCCCCCUGUUAUAAAUGUGGAAGAACUGGAGCCAGUGAAGUCAAGGUUAACUUUUGUUGUGAAGUCCAAAACUUCUAAUCACCAUCAGAAGGCACAGCCACAUAAGCAGCUCACACAUCAGUCUACUGGUCAAACCAAGCUGCUCCCUGUCUACACUACUACAGGAGCCAAAAGUAAAUCUGUAGGACCCUGCGAGCUGGAGAGAAAACCUAAACUGUCAAGGAGGCAAGAUAUUGAAGUCACAACUAGUUCCAGUUCACAGUCUGUUACUGUUGCACAGACCGAAGCUGAAAACAGAAAUCCAAGUCUUGUUAACCACCUACCUUUUCCAAGUAGAAAGAGAAAAAGUUCCGAAUUCUUGUCAAAUGAUGCGCAUGAAAAGGAUAGUUAUACUAACAAAAGGAAAUCUGUACACCUGGAACAAUUGUGCAGGAAAUCAAGUGCUGUGAAAAAAUACACUUCAUGUGGAGGAGGAAAACAACUCCAGAAAAGAAAAACUGUUUCUCGCAUUAAGUACUCCACUACCGCUCAAGUAAAACCUGGAAAGCUUAUGCCUGGGGUUGCGCAGUCACAGUUUGCUUUCAGAAAAUUGACUAAGGCAGUUAUUCCAAGACAUCCAAUGCCAUUUGCUGCAAAAAAUAUGUUUUAUGAUGAACAAUGGAAAGAGAAACAGGAAAGAGGCUUCACAUGGUGGUUAAAUUUUGUUCUUACUCCUGAUGACUUUACAGUAAACACUGAGUCCUCCAGAGUGAAUACUGCUACGCUGUUUAUGGGUUCUGAGACACAGCACCACAAAGUUAGUGUUUCUGCAGCACCAACCAACGAAGAAAUGUCACUGAGGGCAUAUACUGCGAAAUGUAGACUUAAUCGUCUUCGCCGCGCAGCCUGCAGACUAUUUACAUCUGAAGGGAUGGUCAAAGUUAUACAGAAGUUGGAAGUAGCCAUUGAGGCUAAACAUUUGGUUGUACGGAAAGACCGAUACCUCUGGAAAGACAUUGGGGAACGACAGAAGAUCCUAAAAUGGCUUUUGUCUUAUAAUCCUCUGUGGCUACGAAUAGGACUGGAGUGCAUUUUUGGUGAACUGAUUCCACUGGAAAGCAACAGUGAUGCGAUUGGCUUAGCUAGAUUUAUUUUAAAUCGCCUACUUUGGAAUUCUGAUAUAGCUGCAGCAUAUAGACAUCCAACCGUGCCACAUUUAUACCGUGAUGAGCACAAGGAGGUUUUGGCACAAUUCACACUGAAGAAAUUUCUGCUUCUGGUUUGGUUUCUUGAUUGUGCUAAACAGUCUAGGUUAAUAGAUCACGACCCAUGCCUUUUCUGCAAAGAUGCUGAACUUAAGACAAGCAAAGAUCUGUUACUUGCCUUCUCUAGAGAUUUUCUCAGUGGCGAAGGAGACAUUUCUCGUCACCUUGGUUACUUUGGGUUGACUGUUGGCCAUUUUCAGACACCCCUCCACGAAUUUAAUUUUGCAAUCACCAAUAUAGCUGUUGAUCUUCGAUGUGGUAUUCGUUUGGUACGAGCAGUGGAACUUCUCACACGAGACUGGAAACUAUCAAAACAACUCAGAGUCCCAGCGAUUAGCCGUCUUCAAAAGCUGCAUAAUGUGCAUGUUGCAUUGAAUGCUCUUAAAACUCAAGGAGUUGAUCUGAAGGACGAACAGGGCAACCUAAUAGAUUCUAGAGAUAUUGUUGAUGGACAUCGGGAAAAAACUUUGGCACUGCUGUGGAGAAUCAUCUUUGCGUUUCAGGUAGAGAUUUUGCUCAACGAAGAUCAGUUACAAGAAGAGAUUGAAUUCUUGCAAAAAACUUUACGUACAUGGCAUAAAUUGGAAGCUCUGCGCUCCAUGUCUGUUCUGUCUCACCCAGCAAAAGAUAAAGACCUCAACAUUAUACCUGAAAAAUAUAGCCCACGAAUCAAGUUGCUACUGAAUUGGGUUAAUGCUGUUUGUGAAUAUUAUGAUCUCAAAGUUGAAAACUUCACUGUCGCCUUUUCUGAUGGCAGAGUUUUAUGUUACCUUAUUCACCAUUAUCACCCUGGCCUUCUGGCUGCAGAUGAUAUCUGUUCUCGAACCAUGCAGACAGUAGAAUGUGCGCAACAUGGUACCGUGGCAAUUGAUACAUCAACCAGUGAUUCUGAUGAAAGCUCUGUUGAAGUCAUUCCAACGAACCUGAUUUCAUCAGCUAGACUCUAUGAAGAAUUACUGGAGAAUGAAAAAAAGAAUUUUAACUUGGUGACUUCUGCAGUUGCUGCACUUGGCGGUGUCCCAGCUAUGAUUCGCCAUAUAGAUAUGUCGAAUACUAUCCCUGAGGAGAAGGUUGUUAUUACCUACGUUUCAUUCCUUUGUGCUCGUCUUCUGGACCUUCGAAAAGAAGCAAGAGCUGCCAGGAUCAUACAGGCUGCUUGGAGGAAAUACAAGUUAAACUGUGAGCUUCGGCUUUUACAGGAAAAACAUCAAGCUGCCUGUAUCAUUCAAGCAGCUGUGCGUAGAUUGCUCCAUAAACAGCAUGUCAAGAAGAAAACAAAUGCUGCUCUUCUUAUACAAACUCUUUGGCGUGGUCAUGUGGCAAGGAAGAAAGCUAAAGCAUUGAUGAUGAUUAAGGUGCAAGCAGUGCAGAAUGAAGCAGCAACACUUAUUCAGGCUCACUGGCGAGGGUAUACUGCUAGAAGACAGCUUCGGAGGGCACAACGCUAUUGCAUUCUCAUACAAAGCCUCAUAAGGAUGAAAAUCGCAGUCACUGCUUAUAAACGUACUGUAUGGGCCACUGUUGCACUUCAGAGGCAUUUCAGAGCACGUCUGCUAGCUUUGGCCGAGCGAAGGAAUUAUUUGCAGUUGAAACAAUCCACUGUUAUAAUACAAUCUGCAUUUAGAAGGUGGAAAGCAUGCAAGCUGAAGAAGGAGACCAAAGCUUCAAUAAUACUUCAGAAAUACAUAAGGGGUUUUCUCUGUCGAUACCAAUACAAAAGGUUUCAACGGUCCAUAUCCUUGAUACAAACAUAUGCUAAAGGAUAUCUAGUAAGAACUGAAAUCAGCAAAAGGAAAAAAGCUACUGUUACACUGCAGAAGCAUAUAAAGGCAUAUGUGACAGGAAAGUAUGAAUAUGUUUCAUAUCAGAGAUUGAAAUGGGCUGCAGUAGUAUUUCAAGCUGCUUACCGUGGUUCAAGAGUGAGGAAGCUCUAUUACCAAACUAAGUCAGCCAUUGUAAUCCAAUCUACUUUUAGAAUGUAUCAGCAGCGAAAGAAGUACAUUGCUGUUCGGAAAGUGGUCGUUACCAUGCAGGCUUUAGUAAGAAUGCGUUUGGCUCAAACUAGGUUUCAAAAAUAUCGUCAAGCUGCCAUUAUUGUGCAGAGGCGUUUCAGAACCAAGCAACAGGGGCAGAAGGAGAUGCAGCAUUACCUAAAACUUAGACAAGCAACUGUAAAGGUGCAACUAGCUUUUCGCAGAUGGCGAGCUCAAAAAAAGAUUAGAGAAAAUCAAGCUGCAAUUACAAUCCAGUCAUGGUAUCGAAUGUAUAGAGAAAAACAAAGAUAUUUACAUCAAAAAGAAAGUUGCAUUCGAAUACAGUCAUGGUAUAGAUGCUGCAUGGCUCAACGUGCUUUUUGCACCAUGAAAACUGCGGUGCUGGCCAUCCAAAAAUAUUACAGAGCUUACAGAGAAGGAAAAGCUCAGCAUGAGAAGUAUGUAUUGAUGCUCAAGGCAGCGAUAGUUAUACAGGCUCACUUUCGAGGUAUGAAGGCUCGCCAGUUUGCCAGAAAAGUGAAAGCUGCAUGUAUUAUUCAGUCAUAUUGGCAAACGAGAAAAGAAAGAUUUAAGUUUUUGCAUAAUAGACAAUGUGUCAUUGCAGUGCAGGCCCAUGUGAGAAGAUGGCAAGCUCAGCGAAGAUAUUAUUCAAUGAAAGCUGCAGCUUGUGUAUUACAAGCCCACUUCAGAGCAAUUUCAGCUCAAAAGAAAGCUCAGUCUGAGUACAAGGCAAUAAGGUCUGCAGUUAUUGUCUUCCAGUCUGCAUACAGAGGGUUACAAGCAAGAAGACAGUUUUGGCUUUUACGUUCAGUUGUAAAGAUCCAGUCUGCUUUUCGUGCAUAUAUUUCACGCAAAAGGUUCAUGCAAAUUAAAAAUGCUACCAUCAAAAUUCAGGCCUCUGUGAAAAUGAUCCAAGUACGGAAGUAUUACAGGUCUCUUAAAAAAGCCACAACUUAUGUCCAAAGAUGUUACCGGGCUAAUAAACUUUGUUUGGAAAAGCGAAACGAGUAUCUGAGAAAAAGAGAAGCUUGUAUAUGUCUUCAGUCUGCCGUUAGACUGUACUUAAUACAAAAACAGUUGCACUUGUGGAAGCAAGCAGCAGUUAAAAUUCAGUCCAUGUUCAGAAUGCAUAGGCUCAGGAGGCAGUAUCUUAGGAUUCAUUUUGCUGUAGUCAUAAUUCAAAGGGGAUUCCGUGCCUACAGUGAAGGGGUUUAUCAAAGACAGAACUUCUUAAGAAUCAAAGAAGCUGUAAUAUGUUUACAGGCAGCAUACAAAGGUUACAUUGUGCGCAAAAUGAUUAAGCUUCAACAUACAGCAGCCACUAAAAUCCAGGCAGCUUUAAGGGGACAUGCUUCAAGGGUCAAGUACUUGGCAAUGCAAAAUGCUGCCAUUGUGAUCCAGAGAUGGUAUAGGAGUUGCAAAGUUGGGCAGCAGCAGCGACUAGAGUACCUUAAAAUUAAGACAGCAGUGAUUAUUCUUCAAGCAGCAUGCCGUGGAUUAUCUGCAAGGGAAAAAUUAAAAAUGCAGCACAAGGCUGCAGUGACCAUUCAAUCUGCUUUCCGAAGGUUCAGAGCGCAGCACCAGCUUGAAAUGCUAAAGAAUGCUGCAUUAACUGUUCAGCACCGUUUUAAGGCAAAGUUGAUGGGGAGAAAAGAACGUCAAAUAUAUCUGACAGUGCGCCAAUCAGCAAUGACACUUCAAGCAGCUUAUAAGGGCAUGAUUGCAAGAAAAGAAUUUAAUAGAAAAUUGCAAGCUUGUAUUAUGAUACAGUCUUAUUUCAGAAUGCACAAAAUGCAUGAAAAAUUUCAGACGAGGAGACGAGCAGCAUUAAUAAUACAGAAUCGAUUCAGAGCUCAUGUGCAAAGAAAACAUCAAUGUCAAAAGUAUCAAAACAUGAGGACUGCUGCCAUAGUGCUGCAAGCUGCAUUUCGUGCCAUGAAAACCCGGAAAAAGCUGAAAGAAAUUCACAAAGCUGCUACAGUUAUCCAAGCAGCGGCUAAAUCUUUUUUAACCAGGAAGCAUUACAUCGCUCUUAGAGCUGCUUCAGUUUUACUGCAAAGACAAUUCAGAGCUUUGGUGCUGAGCAGAAAGCAGCGAGGAAUGUACCUAUCCGUCCGCCGUGCAACAUUAGUAAUACAAGCUGCUUACAGAGGCAUGCAAGUUAGGCAAGAGAUUCAGCGCAGGCAAAAGGCUGCUACAGUAAUACAAGCUGCAUUUAGGAUGCACAAGGUUUGCCUUCCAUACCAGGCACUGAGACUGGCAGCUGUGAUAAUACAAGCCCAUUAUCGAGCUCGCCUUCAAAUGAAAACCGAUCACGAGAAUUACAUGAAGAUUUGCAACAGUGUUCUGCAUAUUCAGGCUGCAUACCGAGGAAUGAUUGUUCGACAGCAUUUGAGAAGCAUGCAUGAAUCAGCAACAUUGAUACAGAGUUAUUAUCGAAUGCACAAGCAGCGCCAAUACUACAGAAGACUCUGUUGGGCAGCAACAGCUGUACAGAGAAGAUACCGAGCUUGCAAAGUCAGGGAUGCCUGUGUGAAACAGUAUGAUGAUGUCAAGAAAGCAACUAUUCAUAUUCAGGCUGUUUUCCGUGGAAUGAAAACAAGGCAAGAAAUUUGGAGAAUUGGUCAAGCUGUAAUAAUUAUCCAGAGAAGAUUUAGGGCCUAUAACAAUAGAAAAACAUAUCUGAAUCUUAGAACUGCUGCUACCAUAAUCCAACAACGAUACCGUGCAAUACUGCUUACUCGAAUUCAACAACAGAAAUAUUUCUCUGUUCGUAAUGCAGCCUUAGCAAUACAAACUGCUUACAGAGGCAUGAAGGUUAGGCAAGAAAUUCAGUGCCGGCACAAGGCAGCUACAGUAAUACAAGCUGCAUUUAGGAUGCACAGGGUUUGCCUCCCAUAUCAGGCACUGAGACUGGCAGCUGUGAUAAUACAAGCCCAUUAUCGAGCUCGCCUUCAAAUGAAAACCGAUCACGAGAAUUACAUGAAGAUUCGCAACAGUGUUCUGCAUAUUCAGGCUGCAUACCGAGGAAUGAUUGUUCGACAACAUUUGAGAAGCAUGCAUGAAUCAGCAACAUUGAUACAGAAUUAUUAUCGAAUGCACAAGCAGCGCCAAUACUACAAAAGACUCUGUUGGGCAGCAACAGCUGUACAGAGAAGAUACCGAGCUUGCAAAGUCAGGGAUGCCUGUGUGAAACAGUAUGAUGAUGUCAAGAAAGCAACUAUUCACAUUCAGGCUGUUUUCCGUGGCAUGAAAACAAGGCAAGAAAUUCGGAGAAUUGGUCAAGCUGUAAUAAUUAUCCAGAGAAGAUUUAGGGCCUAUAACAAUAGAAAAACAUAUCUGAAUCUUAGAACUGCUGCUACCAUAAUCCAACAACGAUACCGUGCAAUACUGCUUACUCGAAUUCAACAACAGAAAUAUUUCUCUGUUCGUAAUGCAGCCUUAGCAAUACAAGCUGCUUACAGAGGCAUGAAAGUUAGGCAAGAAAUUCAGUGCAGGCACAAGGCAGCUACAGUAAUACAAGCUGCAUUUAGGAUGCACAGGGUUUGCCUCCCAUAUCAGGCACUGAGACUGGCAGCUGUGAUAAUGCAAGCCCAUUAUCGAGCUCGCCUUCAAAUGAAAACCGAUCACGAGAAUUACAUGAAGAUUCGCAACAGUGUUCUGCAUAUUCAGGCUGCAUACCGAGGAAUGAUUGUUCGACAGCAUUUGAGAAGCAUGCAUGAAUCAGCAACAUUGAUACAGAGUUAUUACCGAAUGCACAAGCGGCGCCAAUACUACAGAAGACUCUGUUGGGCAGCAACAGCUGUACAGAGAAGAUACCGAGCUUGCAAAGUCAGGGAUGCCUGUGUGAAACAGUAUGAUGAUGUCAAGAAAGCAACUAUUCAUAUUCAGGCUGUUUUCCGUGGAAUGAAAACAAGGCAAGAAAUUCGGAGAAUUGGUCAAGCUGUAAUAAUUAUCCAGAGAAGAUUUAGGGCCUAUAACAAUAGAAAAACAUAUCUGAAUCUUAGAACAGCUGCUACCAUAAUCCAACAACGAUACCGUGCAAUACUGCUUACUCGAAUACAACAACAGAAAUAUUUCUCUGUCCGUAAUGCAGCCUUAGCAAUACAAGCUGCUUACAGAGGCAUGAAAGUUAGGCAAGAAAUUCAGUGCAGGCACAAGGCAGCUACAGUAAUACAAGCUGCAUUUAGGAUGCACAGGGUUUGCCUCCCAUAUCAGGCACUGAGACUGGCAGCUGUGAUAAUGCAAGCCCAUUAUCGAGCUCGCCUUCAAAUGAAAACCGAUCACGAGAAUUACAUGAAGAUUCGCAACAGUGUUCUGCAUAUUCAGGCUGCAUACAGAGGAAUGAUUGUUCGACAGCAUUUGAGAAGCAUGCAUGAAUCAACAACGUUGAUACAGAGUUAUUAUCGAAUGCACAAGCAGCGCCAAUGCUACAAAAGACUCUGUUGGGCAGCAACAACUGUACAGAGAAGAUACCGAGCUUGCAAAAUAAGGGAUGCCUGUAUGAAACAGUAUGAUGAUGUCAAGAAAGCAACAAUUAGUUUCCAGGCAUUUUACCGUGGGAAAAAAGCCCGAGAUUUGGUUAAAAAAAUUAAGGCUGUCCGCCUUAUUAAGUCUUUUUUGCAGAUGUGCAUCACGAGAAAAUUGUACUUGAUUCAGAAGUCAGCUGUAAUAAUAUUGCAAGCAGCAUUCCGUGGUUUUCGAGCAAGGGUACGCUACAGAGCCGUGCGGCUUGCAGCUAUUUCAAUCCAAAGCUGGUACAGAGCUUGCAAAAUGCGCCAUUCACAGCUUGUGCAAUAUCAAUCCAUGAGGCAUGCAGCCAUCACAAUUCAGGCAGCCUACAGAGGUAUGGUUGUUCGUCACUGGUUUAAACAGAAAUGUGCAGCUGUAAAAAUUCAGUCAAUACUCCGUAUGAUUCAGUAUAGGAGAACUUUCCUCCGAAUGAAAUCUUCAGCAAUUGUAGUCCAGUCUCACUACCGUGGUCUUGAAGCUCGAAAACUAUAUACGAAAUACAAAGUAGCAGCUGUUGUAUUGCAAAGGCAUUACAGAUCCUACCUGCUAAUGAAGCAACAGAGAUCAACUUACUUGACACUCCGGCGGAUAGUCAUCAGCCUUCAAGCCAGAAUGCGAGGAGCUAUUGCCCGAAGAAGUUAUAAAAUGUUUCUUCAGAGCAUCACAAAAAUUCAGGCUUGUUAUCGUAGAAAGAAACAGAGGAAAAUAUUCCUUCUCAACAAGAAGUCCGCAUGUGUGAUACAGCAACACUACAGAGCUUAUUGUCAAAGAAAGACUGAACAAGAGAAAUACCUUAAAAUGAAGCAUGCUGCUGUUGUAAUACAGAAUGCAUUCCGUAGGUACCAAGUGAGACAGCUAGCCAAAAAAAUGAGAGCUGCACAAAAAAUCCAGGCAUGGUUCAAGGCUCGAACUGUACGUCAGCAGUAUAAGUCCAUACUUAAUUCAGUUAUAUUCAUCAAACGGCGAUUGAGAGCAAAACAAGAAAGAUCGAGGUUCUUAAAGAUCCGGGCUGCCGCAAUCAUUAUUCAGCAAAGAUGGAGAAUGACUAUUGCAACAAGGAGAUUGCAGCAUGAAAACUUAAGAAAAACAAUGGCAGCAAUCAAAAUCCAGGCCUUUUGGAAAGGAUUUAAAACCAGGAAACAAUUGAUCAGGAAACAUGAAGCUGCCUGUCAAAUUCAGCUUGCAUACAGAAGUUAUAAUCAAAGAAAGAAGUUUCUUCAGCAAAGAAUGGCUGCAAUAUUUAUACAAAGAUUUUACAGAACAUGGCAACUUGCAAAAGCUGAAAACAUGAAAUACAAAAGAAUCAGAGAGGCUGUAAUUCUCUUGCAAUCUAUAUGCCGUGGAUGGCUUGUUCGCAAAAAGCUUGUUGAGCAAAAAUUGGCACAAAAGAAGCUUCGUUUUACUGCUGCUGUCUAUCACCACCUUUGUGCCUUUAAGAUUCAAAGAAUGUACAGACGAUACAGGGCUCUUAAAUGUGCGAAAGAAAAGAUCAAUUCUGUCAUUUAUAUCCAGAGAUGGUUCAGAGCUUGUCUUCAACGCAGCAGAUACCUUGAUGAUCGUCAGAAGAUCAUUGUAGUGCAGCGAACUGUGAGGGUUUGGCUCAUACGACGUCACAGAGCUGCUGUUGUAAUUCAGAAAGUUGUAAGGCGUUUUAUUUAUAGAACUCGGAAACAAAGAUUUCACAGUGGAAUUAUCAAAAUACAGGCGUUGUGGAAAGGAUAUUGCUUACGCAAGAAAACCAACAAUCCUCAAAUAAUUACUAUCAGACGCCGCAUUAAACAGGCUAAUCAGAACAGCACUGAGGAGCAGAAAUUGUGUAACAGAACUGCUGUAGCUCUGGAUUACAUUCUGAAGUUCAAACAUUUCUCUCACAUUCUUGCAGCUUUACAGCAUUUAGAGGUUGCAACUAGGCUAUCUUCCAUGUGUUGUGAAAAUCUCGCCCGAAGUGGAGCAAUGCCUAUUAUCUUAACUUUGAUCAGGAGUUGCAACCGCAGUGUGCCUUCUAUGGAUGUCAUUAAGUGUGCAGUUCAAGUUCUCUUCAACCUUUCAAAGUAUCAGAAAACCUCUGCAGUGGUGUACGAAGUGGACAAUUCCAUUAAUACCUUACUCGACCUGUUGCACAAGUACAGAGGGAAAGCUGGUGACAAAACAUCAGACAAGUGUGGCAGCAUUUUUACUAAGGUUUGCUGUUUACUGGCCCUUCUGUCAAAGGAUUCAAAGAGGGCGUUGGAGGUGCGAAACUUGCCCAGAGCAGUGGAUCAUAUCCGUAGCAUUUAUGAGCUAACUGUGAGAAAACACAAGAUGGAUAUAGAUAGAAUAAAUGUGAAGUUGCGGAUGUCUGCCCCUUGCAAUGGUGUUUCAUAUAUUCCAGCUACACCUGUGCGAACAAGAUUAGUUUCUAAACUAAAUCCAGACUGGGUAUUAAGGAGAGACAACAUGAAAGAAAUUGUAGACCCUCUGAAAGCCAUUCAGUUGGUUGUGGAUACACUUGGAAUUUCUACUUAAAACAUCAAUAAUGGAAAAUAAUAGUUGAAUUUUUCGAAAAAUGUUCAUGUGAAUGUGUAUGAAAAAACAAAUUCUUUAACCUUAUCCAAAUUGUAUUCAUUGUAUAUUGUUUGUCAAUGUUGUUAAGUUUGGUUUGGUUUCACAUGCAUCUUUCCUCUGUAUGUUAAAUAUCAUGAUGAAAGAUUAUCUAAUCUGAAAAACAUGUGGGAACAAAAUUAUUUCUGUGGACUAUUUCUUAGUCUUUGAAAUGAAUUGGUUGAAUUUGUAAAUAUUUUUGUACAGUCUACAUCGCUUGGUUUUUAUUACAAUUUAGAAAUAAAUUUUUACAAUACUGUAUGCAAUGAGCAAUACAGAAA